AUGAUUAUACUGGAACCACGAAACAUCCUGCCAGAACACCAAGCAGGUUUUCGACCUAAAAAAAGCACCUUAAAUAAUAUCAUAAGGCUAACUGAAUAUGCAAAACAUCAAGUAUAUGGAACUGAUCGUCGACGUCAUGCAGCUGUCAUAUUAUUUGAUAUCAAAGCUGCCUUUGAUUCAGUAUGGCAUGAUGGGUUGAUAUACAAAUUAAAUGAAUUACGUUUUCCACAAUAUAUAAUGAAUUACCUCAUGUCAUUCUUACAAAAUCGUGUUGCUGUAAUCGAAAUUGAAAACAACGUAUCUAAACCAUUCAAUUUAAAGAGCGGUACUCCACAAGGAUCUCCAUUAUCACCUCUAUUAUAUAUUAUAUAUACGGCAGACUCGAUGAAUGGAAUAUCAGACCAUACAGAACAUGGUUUAUUCGCCGACGACACUGCACUAUGGACAUCGUCAAAUACAACAACAAGCCUUAAUAAUAGAUUACAACAAUCCGUAGAUGCAUUCGAAAGCUGGUGUAAAUCAUGGAAAUUAAAAUUACAACCUACAAAAACAGAAUUAAUUCACUUUACUGUCCAUCCCAGAAGAAGUUUUAAAAAUCCAAUAAAUAUCAAAAUACAAGAUACAAUCGUCACACCAUCAGAUUCAACAAGAUAUCUUGGAAUUAUCAUAGAUAAAAGAUUAAAUUGGCGAAGUCAUAUUCAUCAUAUUGAAUCGAAGAUAGCAGGUCGUAUCAGUCUACUUAGAUUUCUAAACAAAACUGCAUACGAAUCUAACGAUAAAAUAAUGUUGAAUAUUUUCAAAUCAAUUGCAAGAACUAUGAUAAUAUAUGGAUAUCCGAUUUUACUUACACCUAAUGAUAAAAUAUGGGAACGAUUGCAGAUUAUACAAAACAAAGCUAUACGUGCUGCUUUAGGACUACCCAUAUACACAUCAGUUGAUUAUAUACAUCGUAUUACCAAUAUUCCCAAAAUUAAAGAAUAUGCUGUUACUUUAUUACAACGUUAUAUACAAACAGCAAUAUGUAACAACGACAUUACAUUAACAAACCAUCUACAAAGCAUAUACAAUAAACUAUAA